UUGAAGUUUACUGCCAUUCUAAUAAAAUAAACGAUGACAAAUCGAUGAUUGGUUACGAACAAUUCUGAUAGCGAACAUAAACUUUUGAUAAAAAUCAUAACUGCCAUCUGAAUUGUGAAAUUCCAACUUGCAAUUGUUAUUUUGCUGAUGACAACAUUUGUCAAAAUAAUAAACAUAACCUAAUCUUUAUAUUGUUAUCAAUAUCCACCCAUUGAACAAAACAUAAGAAUUCAAAAUGAUGCAACAAUACAUGAAGGAGUUGGAGCAGGAUCCAUUUGAUGCUGAGGAGUUUGUGGAGCGUUUAGCCUGGAGGACAAUUGCAGAAACUAAAAAAUCAGGAGAGGAUGAUUUCAAUCCAAUUCUUUUACAUGAUUCAUUUGUACAAGCUAUAAAGGAUUUAACACUGCUUGAGGAGAGGCAACAGAAGAGGUGUGAAAGAUUGGAAGCUACAGUCAGAGAUGAUGAAACUCUAUUUAGAAGAGAAAUCCAUGGGUUACAAGAAAACAAUAAGAUGGCUGCACAUACAUUCCAAGGAUUAGAUGAGAAGAUUAAUCAUGUCGCUACAAAAGUUUUACAUUUAGGUGAUCAAUUAGAUAGUGUGAAUGGACCAAGAUCUAGAGUGGUUGAGGCUCAAAGACUCAUGGCGCACCUAAAUGAUUUUAUGUCUGCAAAUCCACUCUCAUCACCUUUAUAUUCAGAUCCUACUAAAAUAGAUGAAGCUGCUGAUAUUAUCCAAAAACUUCAUAUUAUUAGCCAAGAUUUACCUGAUUUGAAGUUUAGUUCUCUCAAAAGUAAAAUUGAAGUGAAGUACGAUGAAACUGAAAGAGCCUUAAUCGAGGAAUUCAAAGCUAAACAGCGACAAGAUGAUUUUCAGCGUAUGAAGGAAAUUGCCAAUGUGUUAUCGCAAUUCAAGAACUAUUCACAAUGCAUAAAUGCUUACAUCGAGCAAAGUCAAGCUGGUUGCCUUCUGAACAAAGACGUUUUUGGACAUUUGUUGCCGCUUUGCGAGAGGAACUAUCAAUGUAUCAAAGAGGUUUUCAAUAAUCCGGAACAAGUAAUGGCCAAAUUCAUACUGAAUAUUUAUCACUUAAAAUUACAAGAGUACAUAAGUGGAAAGCUUUCGCAAAAAAUGGAUAUUUAUAGUUAUUUGUGUAUUUUAUACGAGUUGUAUUCCAAAACAAAUCAGCUCUCGAUUGGAUUAGCCGCAUUGGAUAUGGGAUAUGAUCUGAUAUUUUUGAACAAAUUGACCAGUAACAUAUUCAGUAAACAUAUUGAGAAUUAUAUUGAGCACGAGCUUAAGUGCUUCAAGGAGAGGAGUUCCGCUAACUUGCAGAAAUAUUACGAAUCUAAGAACCACCAAAAGAAGCAAAUACAGUCUGGAGGUUUCCAAGAUUUGAAACGCGACAUACAAGCAGCGAUUGCGACGAGAGCGAACAUCAAUAUUGCACAAAUUGAAAAUUAUGGUGGGGAGACGUUCCUAUCCGAAGAACUAGCUAUAACGAUUUUACAGGAUACGAAGCAUGCUUUUCAAAGAUGUCAAUUGCUAUCAAAAUAUGAAGAAAAGGCUUCGAACGCUACGUACAUUUUAGAUCGUUUAUUAAAUAGUCUAUUAAUUGAGCACGUGGACUAUGCUUUAGAACUUGGGUUGCAAGCUGUUCCCGUAGUUGAAGGUGCGAAGAGUCCGCCGACACUUUACUUCUUCAAAGUUGUUCAUCAAGCAAACAACAUAACACAUCUACUGGAGAAGCAAUAUACCGAUUUGGUUCUACCCUUAGUAUUAAAUACUCCGAAAUACAACGAUUGCGUUACCAAAAAGAAGUUCGUGAUGGACGAUAUAGAACGGAAAGUGAACAAUGGACUUGAUAGAUCGAUGAACGCUAUAAUCACUUGGGUUAAACUCUAUUUGCAGUCAGAGCAGAAAAAGACUGAUUAUAAACCCGAAAGUGAUGAUUUUACGAUGAUGGUUUCUCCACCUUGCAAAACGGUGGUACAAUUUGUAAAUACGAUGAUUGAUGAGAUUAAGACAACUCUGGAUGGUAACAACGUAACGGCAGUUUUGCAGGAGCUUGGAAUUGGGUUGCAUAGAACAAUCUAUGACCAUAUGCUGCAAUUUCAAUAUAACACUGCUGGAGCUAUGGUAGCAAUUUGUGAUUUGAAUGAAUACAGGGCCUGCACAAAACUGUUAGGCCCAUUGGUCACCAAGCUAUUUGAAACACUGCACGCAUUGUGUAAUUUGUUGCUCGUUAAACCCGAAAAUUUACAACAAAUAUGCUCAGAGGAUUCUUUGGUUGAAUUGGAUAAAUCAGUUGUAAACAAUUUCAUCCAAUUGAGAAGCGAUAUUAAGAAUCAGAAGCAGGCAAUCAUUAAAGUUUAGUUAUAUGAUUAAUUUAUAAAUAAAACUAUAUUGUACGGUUCGGUUUCGAUCCAAA